AUGCCAACAUUUAGAGAAGCGUGUGAAAGGCUUGGUUUAAUCGGAGACGACAAAGAAUGGGCCACCACUAUUGAAGAGGCUGCUGAGUGGGCUGCAGCUGCUGAACUAAGAUCUCUCUUUACUUGCAUACUCCUUCACUGUGAUGUUUCAAAUCCUCGAAGGUUGUGGGAGACAAAUUGGAAAUGUAUGUCAGAUGACAUAAACCGUAGUAUAGGCCUUGCAAUUACCACUCAUUCAGCGGUCAUAGCCGAUCAAGACCUACAACAGUAUGUACUACGGGAAUUGGAAACUCUUCUUAAUACGAACUCAACUUCACGGUCAUUGGUUGACUACGGUCUACCGAUGCCAGAUGCUUCUGUGGUUUCAGCGCUUGGGAACAGCCUUCUUUUAGAAGAGAAAAGCUAUGACAGAGACGCCUUACGCAUUGAACACAUGAGUCUUCACGAGGGCCUUCGACCAGGUCAGCUAGCUGUAUACAACGCAGUCAUGUCUUCAUUUGAAAAUGGAACUCAAUGUUUGCUUUUUGUCUACGGUCAUGGUGGAACAGGAAAGACAUACUUAUGGAAAACGAUCAUUGCACGUCUUAGAUCAAGAGGUGAGGUUGUACUUGCUGUUGCAGCAUCAGGUAUCGCAUCACUAUUGCUUCCAUCUUGUAGGACUGCACACUCCAGAUUUAAAAUCCCAUUGGAGCUAAUUGAAGAAUCCAUCUGUUACAUAAAGAAGAAGUCAAACCUAUGUAAUUUGCUUUUGCAAACCACUCUAAUAAUAUGGGACGAGGCUCCAAUGAGUGAUCGCAGAUGUUUAGAAUCCUUGGAUAAGACACUUAAGGAUUUAACAUCAAACACUUCGCAAUAUUUUGGCGGGAAAUCAGUUUUACUAGGAAGCGACUUCAGGCAAACAUUACCAGUAAAACCUAAAAGCACAAAAGCUAAGGUUAUCGCAGCUUGCCUACCCAAUUCAUACUUAUGGAAACAUCUUACUAUGUAUAGGCGCACUGAAAACAUGCGCAUAGAAUCUCUUUCAACAACCUCAGCUACAAGAGCACAGUUGCAAAAUUUUUCAGAAUGGCUUCUAAGAAUAGGGGACGGGAAGGAAGGUGUCGUCGUGGAUUUUGCAGAACCUAACAUCAGAAAGAUUGAAAUACCACCCGAGUUCAUAUUGAAGGAACCGAAUGAUGGCCUUCAAAAACUGAUUUCUUUCAUUUAUGAUGCUCAACUACUAGCAAAUCCAUCACCAGCUGCAAUAUCAGAACGUGCUAUUAUAUGCCCAAAGAACAACACAGUUGACGAGAUAAAUGACUUGGUUCAUGCAAUGUCACCUGGGGAAUGCACCUCAUAUUUCAGUACUGAUUCAAUGGUUCCACAUUCAAAGGAUGGGGGCAAGAUAGACGCUAUGUACCCACCUGAAUACUUAAAUGUGCUUAAUUUCAAUGGUAUACCCGGUCAUUGUUUACGCCUUAAAAAAUAG